AUGCAAGUAGUUACUAUUAUACUACUACUUCUUCUCUGUAAAGCAUCUGACUGUAGGAGGACAAGGAAUAGGAGUUUGAGAAACAAUGAAAGGGAAAAUAUCUUAAGAAAAGCAUCUAGCACUGUUAAGCGGAAUGCCCGAGGCCUACCAUGUGAUAUCUACAUUUAUCUUCAUGAGAAAUACCUAGAUUGUCAGGAAAGAAAAUUGAUUUUUGUGGCAUCUGAUUGGCCAGAGGACUUAAAACACAUGCUGCUAGCAAGAAACAGGAUUCGUAAACUGAAGAACAAUAUGUUUUCCAAGUAUAAAGUACUUAAAAGUUUGGAUUUACAACAGAAUGAUAUUUCAAAAAUCGAAAGCGAGGCUUUUUUUGGUUUGAAUAAACUUACCACACUCUUACUACAGCACAACCAAAUUAAGACCUUAUCCGAGGAGAUUUUCAUUUAUACACCGAGUCUAAACUACCUACGUCUUUAUGAUAAUCCCUGGCAUUGCAACUGUGAACUAGAAACUCUUGUUGCAAUGCUACAGGUUCCAACAAACAGAAAUUUGGGAAAUUAUGCCAAAUGUGUGCACCCAAUACAACUGAAAAAUCAAAAGCUAAAGCAGAUAAAAGCUGAAGGGCUAUGUAGUGAAGAGGACAGGCAGGAUCCCCAAAACAUAAGGCAGCAGAAGCCUGAAGCUGUCAAACAAGAAUUUGAUUCCUCUGUGUGCCACAUGUAUGUGUUUCCUGUACCAACUCUGAACUGCAAAAGAAAAGAUUUAAAGAAAGUUCCAGGUAACAUACCUCCAGAUAUAGUUAAACUUGAUUUAUCCAACAACAAAAUUAGACAACUACGAGCCAAAGAGUUUGAAGAUGCCAGUGAGCUGAAGAUAUUAAACCUAAACAGCAAUGGGAUAGCUUACAUUGACCCUGCUGCUUUCUCAGGCCUAAAUGCCUUAGAGGAGCUGGAUCUAUCCAACAACAGCUUGCAGAAUUUUGAAUAUGGAGUGCUGGAGGAUCUUUACUUUCUAAAAAUACUGUGGCUGAGAGAAAACCCUUGGAGAUGCGAUUACAAUAUUCAUUAUCUUUUCUACUGGCUGAAGCAUCACUACAAUGUUCACUACAAUGGCCUAGAAUGCAAAACGCCCGAGGAAUACAAAGGGUGGUCUGUUGGAAAAUAUGUCCGAAGUUAUUACGAGGAGUGCCCAAAAGACAAGCUGCCCAUUUACCCAGAAACUUUUGAUCUGGACAAAGAUGAGGAGGAAUGGGAACGACACAAAGAGCAAUCAGUUCAAACAGUAAAGAAGCACGGUGUGAUUGUCACUGUGAUAGGCUAACAAGGGGAUCUCUUUUUUUUUUAGUACAUUGAAGUGUUUGAUACUCUGACAAA